CGACGUGCUUGGAGAUCCAGCCGGGAGUCUGAGCAGGAGGAACAAGGGGACCACGUCACAUGGGAGUGUGUGUCCGAGUGUGUGACGGUGUGCGUUCAGGCGUCCUGCCGUCGCCCGCUUUCCCUGGACCGGCAUGGCGGGGGGCCGAGAGCGCGGCUCCCGGCCGCAGAGGCCGUGGUCGGUGUACCGGGCCAACACCUUCGAGCUGUCCAGCGAGAUGAUCGGCUUAGCCCUGGCAGGAAACAGUCAGGACCCAGACGAACCGGUGCUGGAGUUCAGCGUGGUCUGCACAGACCUGAUGACGCCCGCUUUGGAUCGCAAACCCAACAGCUUUGUAGCAGUGAGCUGCACGACGCCGCCGCAGGCCUUCUGGACCAAACACGCCCAGACCGAGGUCAUCGAGGGCACCAGUAAUCCCAUCUUCCUCAGCAGCAUCGCCUUCUUCCAGGACUCCAACAUCAACCAGCAGACGCAGGUGAAGCUGGCAGUGUACGACGUCAAGGACCGAUCGCAGGGCAUGAUGUACAUGCUGGGCUCUGCCCUGUUCCCCGUCAAGGAGCUGCUGCAGGAGAAGAGCCACAGGUUACAGCUGGAGCUGAGAUCAGCGGAGAACGAGCGUGUGGGGAACAUCGCUGUGGCAGCGUGGCAGAUGGAGGACAGAGCAGACCACAGGAUGUCGCUGAGCCGCCUGCCCGACAGCAUCAACGGCCGGACGAUGCUGCCGGUGGACGAGAGCCUCACGGAGUCGAUGGGAGCCCGGAUCAAGUACGCCUCGCUAUGCAAAGACACGCUGCUGCGCUCAGUGUUUGGAGGCACCAUGUCCAGGAUGUACCGCUUCCCCACCACCGACGGGAACCACCUGAGAGUGCUGGAGCAGAUGGCAGAGAGCGUCCUGUCACUCAACAUUCCCAGACAGUUCGUCAAACUGCUGCUGGAGGAGGACGCUGCUAGGGUCUGUGAGCUGGAGGAGCUGGGAGAAUUAUCCCCCUGCUGGGAGAACCUGCGGAGACAGAUCGUCUCUCAGUACCAGACGAUAAUACUCACGUACCAGGAAACACUGUCUGACCUCAACAAUUAUCGAGGACCGUCGUUCAAAGCCAGUAACCUGAAGGCAGAGAGGAAGCUGGAGUUCAUGCCAACCAACCUGCACGUGCAGAGGAUGAGGGUGCAGGAUGAGCUGGGCUUCGAGCACACGUACGAUGUGGUAACGAUCGGCGCUCCGGCGGCUCACUGCCAGGGUUUUAAAAACAAUGGACUAAGAAAGCUCAUCCAGAAGUUUGAGGAGGCGAAGAAACACGUAUAUGAGGAGGGAUGCAGCGCCCUCUCCAGCUCUCAGUCCAUCGUUUACAUCCCCCAGGACAUAGUCCGAGCCAAAGAGAUCGUCGCCCACAUCAACACGCUCAAAACUCAGGUCAACUAUUACGCCGAGAGGCUUUCCAGAGCCGCCAAAGACCGCUCAGCCAGCGGGCUGGAGAGGACGCUCGCUAUCCUGGCUGAUAAGACCCGACAGCUGGUGACGGUGUGUGACUGCAAGCUGCUGGCGUCGGCCAUCCAGGCCCUGAACGCAGCGCGGCCGGAGUACAUCGCCUCUAAAGCGUCUCCCUCCGCCGACUCGGAACAAGUCUGCCUCCGCAACGACCAGGACACGCUGCUGGCCAAGUGGAGCGGACGCAACAGCCGGUCCUCACUGCAUGUUGACUGGCACGAAGAGGAGUGGGAGAAGGUGUGGGUAAAUGUGGACAAGUCUCUGGAGUGCAUCAUCCAGCGGGUGGACAAGCUGCUGCAGAGAGAGAGGAGGCCCAGCGUCGGCAGCCAGGACAGUUCCCACAGUGACCUGCAGGGCGGCGGCAGCAAGAAAGGUGAUGGGAAGAGUCUGGCAUUCUGGAUCAACCCAGGUUGUGAGUGUGAGGCUUCUUCAUCAUUACCACCACCAUCAUCAUCAUCAGAUCCACCUCCACCACCAUCAUCAUCCUCAACAUCCUCCCUCUCCUCUGCACUUCAUCCCAGCCAUGAACAGGAAAGCUAUGGAAGCCCCAGUCCCGAGGAGGCGUACCCAGGUGAGUGGAGCGAGGCGCUGUACCCGCUGCUCACCACGCUCACCGAGUGCGUGGCCAUGAUGGGCGACCAGGCCAAGAAGUCCAUGGUGUUCCUGCUGAUGCAGGACAGCGCGCCCACCAUAGCCAUGGACGUGUCGCUGCAGUACCGCCGCGACGUCGUCUUCUGCCAGACGCUCACCGCUCUCAUCUGCGGCUUCAUCAUCAAACUGAGGAACUGUCUCCGUGACAACGGGUUUCUGCGGCAGCUCUACACCAUCGGCCUCCUGGCUCAGUCCGAGUCCCUGCUCAGCACCUACGGAGAGGAGCUGGCCAUGCUGGAGGACAUGAGUGUCGGCAUCAUGGACCUGAGGAACGUCACCUUCAAGGUGACCCAGGCCAGCAGCAGCUCGGCCCCCGACAUGCUGCCGAUCAUCACGGGGAACCGUGACGGCUUCAACGUGCGGAUCCCUCUGCCGGGGACCAUGUUUGACGCGCUGCCGCGGGAGAUCCAGAGCGGCAUGCUGCUGCGGGUCCAGCCCGUGCACUUCAACGUGGGCAUCAACGAGCAGCAGACGCUGGCCGAGAAGUUUGGAGACACGUCGCUGCAGGAGAACAUCAACAUGGAGAGUCUCUCCCGACUCAACUCCUACUACGAACAGUUCAAGGAAGUCCUGCCCGAGGACUGCCUCCCGAGGUCUCGUUCCCAGACUUGUCUCCCGGAGCUGCUGAGGUUUCUGGGCCAGAACGUCAACGCCAGGAAGAACAAGAACGUGGACAUCCUCUGGCAGGCUGCCGAGAUCUGCCGCCGGCUCAACGGCGUCCGCUUCACCAGCUGUAAGAGCGCCAAGGACCGCACGGCCAUGUCGGUGACGCUGGAGCAGUGCCUGAUCCUGCAGCACGAGCACGGCAUGGCGCCGCAGGUCUUCACGCAGGCCCUGGACUGCAUGCGCAGCGAGGGCUGCAGGCGAGAAAACACCGUCAAGAACGUUGGAUGCAGGAAGUACGCGUUUAACUCGCUGCAGCUCAAGGCCUUCCCCAAACACUACCGGCCGCCGGACGGCACCUACGGCAAGGUGGAGACCUGACGGAUCUGCAGGAGGUUUCAGGAGGGAAACCGACGUCACACCGGGUGCAAUAAAGAGCAGAGACUCACCCGAGCUGUGAUGCUGGGAUUCAGUGGAGGUUUUAGAGUAGUUCCUUCUGGAGGCAGAACGAGUGGUUCAGCUGGUGAACACUAGCACCACCUAAAGAAGAAAGAACUCCUGAAUCUGGACCAUGUUAGUGCCAUGACUGUUUCUAGCUACUGCAUACGUUGCUUCUGUGAUAUUAGUCAAAACACGCUGAAUACCUCACGGCCUCACCCCGAUCAAUCGCUGAUAUCAGUAAAACUCAUCAUGGAAGUCCUUUAUCUUUAUCUGACAACAAAACAAAAGAAACACUUAAAUGGAGGGUGACGGCAGGAAUAUUAAAGCCUCUGUUUAUAGCAGUACCACUUCUGACCACACGGGGCAGAGAGACUGCAAAGCUCCUGUGGGAUAAAGUGGUAUCAGACCAACUUGUUAACAGCUGAUCUUUGCGCCACCAUGUGGUCAGAUGUGGCAUUGCUGCAUAAAGACAGUUUAAAAACACACAAUCGUGCAUUUCCUUCACACAGUAGUCACAAUAAGUCUGUAAUAUUGUGGCUUCCAGUUAAAAUCCUGCUGACUCAUGCUAAAAACUCAACAUAAAUGUAAACUAUAAUAAUAUCAAAUAGCAUAACUGACCCCCCAGAAAGGUUUUGCUUCUAAACACAUGGACUGUAAAUGAAACCAGCAACCACCUACUGUAACCUGUAGCAUAAAGAAGCUGCUGCUGCAGAAAUGCUGCCUGAAGUGCCCAUGAGCAAGCAGCAGAACUU